UAGCAAAUUUGGAAAAAACGCGUUUCCUGUUGGUCUUUAAUUAGUAUAAGUUACAUACAAUAUCAAAUCCUAUGAAUCCGAAACAAUAAACUCAAAAUAUGAUGAUGGUUUCUAGCAAAACAUUCUCUUCGCUUCAGUUUUUCACUCUUUUGUACCUCUUUACAGUUCCUUUUGCUUCCACUGAUGAAGCAACUGCCCUCUUGAAAUGGAAAGCAACUUUCAAGAACCAGAAUAAUUCCUUAUUGGCUUCAUGGACGCCAAGUUUUAAUGCAUGCACAGACUGGUAUGGAGUUAUAUGCUUUAAUGGGAGGGUAAACACGUUGAAUAUUACAAAUUCUAUUGUCAUUGGUACACUCUAUGCUUUUCCGUUUUCAUCCCUCCCUUUUCUUGAAAAUCUUGAUCUGAGCAUGAACAAUUUCUCGGGAACCAUUCCACCUGAGAUUGGUAAUCUCACUAAUCUCGUCAUUCUUAACUUGAACAUCAAUCAGUUUUCAGGAACAAUCCCACAGCAAAUCGGUUCACUAGCCAACCUUCAGACCCUCCGUAUAUUUGACAACCAUUUAAAUGGCUCUAUUCCUGAAGAAAUAGGUUACCUAAGGUCUCUUACUAAGCUAUCUUUGGGUAGGAACUUUCUUACUGGUUCCAUUCCUGCUUCAUUGGGGAAUUUGAACAACUUGUCUCAUUUGUAUCUUUAUAAUAAUCAUCUUUCUGGCUCUAUUCCUGCAUCAUUGGGGAUUUUGAACAACUUGUCUCAUUUGGAUCUUUAUGAUAAUCAGCUUUCUGGCUCUAUUCCUGCAUCAUUGGGGAAUUUGAGCAACUUGUCUCAUUUGUAUCUUAAUAAUAAUCAGCUUUCUGGCUCUAUUCCAGAAGAAAUAGGUUACCUAAGCAACUUGUCUCAUUUGUAUCUUAAUAAUAAUCAGCUUUCUGGCUCUAUUCCUGCAUCAUUGGGGAAUUUGAGCAACUUGUCUCAUUUGUAUCUUAAUAAUAAUCAUCUUUCUGGCUCUAUUCCUGAAGAAAUAGGUUACCUAAGGUCUCUUAGUUUCCUACAUUUGAGUAAUAACUCUCUUAAUGGCUCUAUUCCUGCAUCAUUGGGGAAUUUGAGCAACUUGUCUCAUUUGGAUCUUUAUGAUAAUCAGUUUUCUGGCUCUAUUCCUGCAUCAUUGGGGAAUUUGAGCAACUUGUCUCAUUUGUAUCUUAAUAAUAAUCAGCUUUCUGGCUCUAUUCCUGCAUCAUUGGGGAAUUUGAGCAACUUGUCUCAUUUGUAUCUUAAUAAUAAUCAGCUUUCUGGCUCUAUUCCAGAAGAAAUAGGUUACCUAAGGUCUCUUAGUUUCCUACAAUUGAGUAAUAACUCUCUUAAUGGCUCUAUUCCUGCAUCAUUGGGGAAUUUGAGCAACUUGUCUCAUUUGUAUCUUAAUAAUAAUCAGCUUUCUGGCUCUAUUCCAGAAGAAAUAGGUUACCUAAGGUCUCUUAGUUUCCUACAUUUGAGUAAUAACUCUCUUAAUGGCUCUAUUCCUGCAUCAUUGGGGAAUUUGAGCAACUUGUCUCUUUUGUAUCUUAAUAAUAAUCAGCUUUCUGGCUCUAUUCCUGAAGAAAUAGGUUACCUAAGGUCUCUUAGUUUCCUACAUUUGAGUAAUAACUCUCUUAAUGGCUCUAUUCCUGCAUCAUUGGGGAGUUUGAGCAACUUGUCUAGUUUGUCUCUUUAUAAUAAUCAGCUUUCUGGAUCUAUUCCUGCUUCAUUUGGCAAUUUGAGAAAUCUGAAAAAUAUGAUUCUCGAUGAUAACAAUCUCACUGAGGAGAUUCCUUCAUCAGUGUGCAAUCUGACAUCACUGGAAGUGUUGUUUAUGUCGAGAAACAACUUGACAGGAAAAGUUCCACAAUGUUUAGGUAAUAUCAUUCGCCUCAAGGUUAUGACGAUGUCACAUAAUAAUCUCAGUGGAGAGAUCCCUUCAUCUAUUUCCAAUUUAACAUCACUACAAAUUCUAGAUUUGGGCAGAAACAAUGUGGAGGGAGCAAUUCCACAAUGUUUUGGCAAUAUUAGUAGCCUCCAAGUUUUUGAUAUGCACAACAACAAACUUACAGGGACUCUUCCAACAAAUUUUAGCAUUGGAAGUUCACUUAUAAGUCUCAACUUGCAUGGCAAUAAACUAGAGGGAAAAAUACCUCGAUCUUUGGCCAAUUGCAAAAAGUUGCAAGUUCUUGAUCUAGGAGAUAAUCAUCUCAAUGACACAUUCCCCAUGUGGUUGGGAACUUUGCCAGAGCUGAGAGUUUUAAGAUUGACAUCGAAUAAAUUGCAUGGACCUAUAAGAUCUUCAGGGGAUGAAAGCAUGUUUCCUGAUCUUCGAAUCAUAGAUCUCUCUAACAAUGCCUUCUCGAAAGACUUACCAACGAGUCUGUUUCAACAUUUGAAAGGCAUGACGACUAUUGAUCAAACAAUAAAGGAACCUAAUUAUAAAGGAGGUGGAUUCUACUACCAAGACUCGGUGGUUGUUGUAACAAAGGGAUUGAAGCUUGAAGUUGUGAGAAUUUUGUCUUUGUACACAGUAAUCAAUCUUUCAAACAACAAAUUUGAAGGACAUAUUCCUAGUGUUCUAGGAGAUCUCAUAGCUCUUCGGGUAUUGAAUAUGUCUCACAAUGGAUUGAAAGGUCAUAUACCACCAUCACUUGGAAGUUUAUCUGUACUGGAAUCAUUGGACCUUUCAUUUAACUGCCUUUCGGGAGAGAUACCACAAGAACUUGCUUCUCUUACGUCUCUUGAAUUCUUAAAUCUCUCCCACAAUUAUCUCCAAGGAUGCAUCCCUCAAGGACCCCAAUUUCAUACCUUUGAGAACAGUUCAUUUGAUGGUAAUGAUGGAUUACGUGGAUUCCCCGUUUCAAAAGGUUGUGGCAAUGAUCCUGUGUCAGAGACAAACUAUACAGUGUCUGCGCUAGAAGAUCAAGAAAGAAAUUCUGAAUUUUUCAAUGAUUUUUGGAAAGCAGCUCUGAUGGGCUAUGGCAGUGGACUAUGUAUUGGCCUAUCCAUAAUAUAUUUCUUGAUCUCAACUGGAAAUCUAAGAUGGCUUGCAAGAAUCAUUGAAGAAUUGGAACACAAAAUUAUCAUACGAAGGAGAAAGAAGCAGCGAGGUCAAAAGAAUUACAGAAGAAGAAAUAAUCGCUUCUAG